CUGUGUAUAAGGACACCAAGCUGAGUCUGAAAACAUGUAUAAGGUUCAUGUAUUCAUUGGUGUCCUUACAUGUAUAUGCCAAACAGCUACCAAUGGAUCUGAAACUUGGUUUGAAGCCCGAGAAGCAUGCCGAUCACAUAAUCUUACAUUGCAAACGAACGAAAUAGUUGGUAAUGCUACUUACUGGACUGGCCGUUACAAAAAAUUAUCAAGAUGGAUCCACCUACUUGGAUGCUACUCUGACCAAUCAUUCAACGAGAGUGAAAAAUUCCAUAUGCCACAUCGGUCUGUUGGGCUAUGCGAGGGGAUCUGUUCAUCUCUUAACAACUUAAGGCAUUUUGCAGUUAAAGGAUCAACAUGCAUAUGUUUGAUAGGAUUCGUAAGUACAACUCAUCUGACGCCAAAGGCCUGUGAUUUGUCCUGUGACACCGAUACUAGACAACCGUUUGCAAACGAAUGUGGUGGCUCAUCGGCAUACAAUUUAUACGUUUCGGGUAUGUUGAAUAUUGCUUGUUGUCAAUUUAUUUGCACUUGGUAUGGGGAGAGAAGAAAUCAGCAUAUUUGA